AUGUCAAGCUAUGCCUCACCAGUGACCGACGGGGCACCCGUAUCAUUCGCUGGUGAUCGAGUCGCGGUAUCACCACCAGGAUCAGUGUCAGGCUCGCCGAUGUCAAAUGUCGCCGUGGGCGCAAUUGGCGAUGCAGCACCUGUUCCUGGUGUCCCCCUACCCGAGCUGGGCCAUCCAAGCUCUCAUCUCUGUCACGAUGUCAACAGUGCUCAUAUGGAGCUCAUGAUCCGGUUCAAAUUCUCUGAUCACGCACCAGAACUCAACGAGGAGCUACACGACUUUGCCUCGAAACUCUUAUUCAGAUGCGCUCUUCAAGCUCCGUACUUGAUGCACCAGAUGCUGGCGGUGUGCGCGCGAAGGUUGGUUGCGCUUUUCCCCGACAGGUCCGACUUCUUCUCGGAGCACGCGAUGCAUCUUCAAACAAGGGCCAUCUCGAUUUACAACGAGACUGCAGCCAAGGCUCAGAUUGACCAGAACAACUGCUCCGCCCUCCUCCUCUACUGUUCUUUGCUCAGCCGACAUUUACUCGCCGAUCUGCUCGCUAAGCGCGAUACGAAUCUGGAUGGGUUUCUUGACCGCUAUCUUCAGUUUCUUUCAAUCUCUGGUGGUUUGAAAGGCGUGUCGAUCAGUGCAUGGGAGCUUCUACUCGAAUCUGAUAUCAAGCACCUUGUUCUUUGGGCGAUUAGCAUUUCCCAGUCAUUGCCACUGGGGAAUCAUUGCGACUAUCUUCGACAUCUCAUUUCUGAGUCACUUAGUCUCGACGCUCAGUCGAAAGAGGCCUGUCUCAAAGCUGCGGCUUAUCUGCAAGUUGGGUUUGACAGGAUUCUGGGCAAUGACGUGCGCAAUGAACGCUAUCUAAUGAUCUUCAUGUGGCAAGUACCUUCCUAUCUUGAACCAUAA